UUUCGUAGGAGACUUUGCGCAGACUAGAUUCAUGAUUCAGGCGCCGUCAUUUCACCACCGUGUGGCCGUAACCUAGACAGAUGCUGUGCGAGGACAUAGAAUAACGUUGUCUAGCUGCGUUUAUAUAUCGAUACUCCCACUGGUACCUCGUUGUUCUCCGCGACGUGAGAUGUCCAAGCUAGCUAGCUACAGCUGCUAAUUGUGUUUUAUGUAAAAUAAAACAAUGAAUAGUAGCAUCACGUUAAUUACCAUAAUCAACAGGCAGUGUCUGUGACAGUCAUUUCCGAAAAUGAACAAAGCUGUCCCAACCACAGAGUGUUGCAGACAUUAGCUAGCUUGCUAGCCUGCUAGGUAUAAGCUAGGAAUAGGUAUCCGUACGUCCAAAAGAGUGUGAAAACGCUGGAUGGUGAGGUGAGCACCACUGUUUCUGUAUUUUCCAUUACCAACUAAGGUGAUGGACUUUCCAGGGCACUUUGACCAGGUCUUCCAGCAGCUGAACUACCAGCGUUUGCAUGGGCAGCUAUGCGACUGCGCGAUUGUGGUGGGAAGCCGCCACUUCAAAGCCCACAAAUCUGUUCUGGCAGCCUGCAGCACACACUUCCGUGCCCUCUUCACCGUGGCUGAGAGUGAUUCCAGCAUGAGCAUGAUCCAGCUGGACUCGGAGGUGGUGACAGCUGAGGCCUUCUCUGCGCUCAUUGACAUGAUGUACACCUCCACGCUCAUGUUGGGUGAGAGUAACGUCAUGGACGUGCUGCUGGCCGCCUCGCACCUGCACCUCAACGCUGUGGUGAAGGCCUGUAAGCACUACCUGACCACGCGCACCCUGCCGCUCUCGCCCAACCGUGCGCCCCAGCACCAGCUGCACCAUGCCGAGGCACCCACAGGGGGCGCCAGCCCCAGCUCCAGCCUUCAGCGCUCCUUCCUGCUGCAGCAGCUCGGCCUCAGCCUGGUCAGCUCCGCCCUCAGCGGCGGAUUGGUGGAGGAGGGCAGAGAGGGCGGGGUGGUGGAGCAGCGUGUGUCCUUCCCCGCCGCCGUCUGCACAAGCGCAAACCCACUGUCUGUGAUGGGCUCCGAGGCCGAGAGGGCCAGACAGCGCCUCCGCCCCACGCCUGCCUCGGAGGGGAUGCUGUGCGGGGAGGCAGAGGGAGGCGCCUCCGCGGAGUCAGGGCUCCUCUCUCCUGACUCCCACAACAAGCUGGGGGAGGACUCCAAACCGGACAUCGCUGCAGGAGGAGCUGCCAUGGAUGCCAGCGCCGGCAGUGGCACAGACUACAGCCGCAGGUCUGUGGCCCAGGAGGAUGCCCAGAUGCCCAGCCAGUCGGAUGGGGGGAGGGGCAGCGGAGGGGCAGAGCCUCUGGGGAAAGAGGAAUACAUGGAUCCUGACGGAGAAGGGCAAGGGAAGGAAGGGGAGGACGAGAAGAUGCACGUGGUGGUGAAGAGCGAGCCGCUGAGCUCACCCGAGCCUCAUGACGGGACCUCGCCGCUGGAGGGCGCGGACCAAUCAGAGCCGUGUUUGGAGAAGAGUGAGCUAAGCCCCAUCGGGUGCGAGCGCAGUUACAACACGGAGCGGCUGCAGCGGGAGCGCGAGAGAGCAGCAGACGCUCACGGCAGUGACGGCCUGGAGCACGGAUCACCAGGGUUCCGCAUCUCCAGCUUCCUGAGUGGGAGGAGCUUUGGGGACGAUGUCAUCGGCAGCGGGGCCACCUCCACUAAUGAGGGCCGAUUUCUGCUCGGAGGCAGCGACGGGCUCAACUCUUCUCCCUCCUCCUCUCUCCUCCUCUCGUCCCCACACCUUCUUCAGGGGGAGGCGCAGAGCUUUGGGGAGGCACAGGCCGAGUCCAUGUUUCUGCGGCCCGGUGGCCCCGGGUCAGACAUGCUCGGUCUGGACUUCCAGCGCUCGGGUCUGGGCCUCCACUCGCUCUCUCGACCUCCCAGAGGUCACAACGUUGCUUCAGGAACACUGGGUUUCCCAGGCUACCGCCGCAUCGCCCCCAAAAUGGCCCUGGGGGGGGCUCAGCAUCAGGACCCUUCCUCCUCCUCCUCCUCCUUGUCCGCGUCCUCGUCCGGGGGAGCCGUGCUGCUGAACGGAGUGGGCACAGGGUUCGAGGGGAGCUUGGGCCUCCCCGGCCACCCCCAGCUCACGCGCGCCUCCGCCGACGUCCUGUCCAAGUGCAAGAAGGCUCUCUCCGAGCACAACGUUCUGGUGGUGGAGGGCGCGCGCAAGUACGCCUGCAAGAUCUGCUGUAAGACCUUCCUGACCCUGACCGACUGCAAGAAACACAUCCGCGUGCACACGGGGGAGAAGCCCUACGCCUGCCUCAAGUGUGGCAAGCGCUUCAGCCAGUCCAGCCACCUCUACAAACACUCCAAGACCACAUGUCUGCGCUGGCAGAACAGCAACCUGCCCAACGCUCUGCUCUAGUCUAGGGUCUAGCGUCAGGAUGUACAGCACAUGGAAACAUACAGCUACACGCACACACACACACACGCACGCACACACACACCACACACACACCACACACACACACACACACACACACGCACACACACACCACACACACACCACACACACACACACACCCGCUUAUACUUUCAGAGCUGACUGUAGCUCUGAACAAGAAAAUGUACACACUUCUCCAAAGAGCACGUCCCCGCAUAAACAAGAAUAUUUAAACACACAGACACACUCUUUCUCCAACACACACACACACACACACACACAGACACACACACACACUUAAACACACUGGACAACAUAACCUGCUCUCUUCUCUUCUUUGAAAAAGAAUAAUGCUGGGUCUGGUAUGUGACUGUGGUAGUUUCAACUGUGUCCUGUUUUGAAGCACACCUUUAUUAAAUGAGAUGUAGCUUCUACAAGACUCCCAGAGGUGGUCCAAUGUGUGACGUUAGAAGAUGAAGACUUUCCUGAAGGACUUUCCGAGGGGAAAUGAAGUUUCUAUUUGUGACCUGAAGAGAGCUUUCAUGUGUAAAUGCCUUUGAAACUGAAAGCACCUUUUAAAAAAAUGAUUGUUUAGCACUAAGGAAGUAGAAGUGAUGAUGUUGCCUGGUCAAUGAGUGCUUCCUUCACCAUUCAAUUUUUUUUUAAUUUUUAUUUCCUUGCUGCCAAUGAGCUUGUUUUUAAAUUCAUAUAAACUAAUGUGUGUACUGAAAUGGAAAAGCAUUUUAAAAUAAUUUGUUCAUAUCAUGAUAUUUCUGCUGAACCACCGUCAGAUUUUUUUUUGUGUCACAAUUGUACUGAUUUGCACAGAGCUCAUUGUCGGGAUAAGUUAAAUCCAAAUUCCAGUAUUUUCUUUGUUUGUGCAGAUAUUGUGUUGAUAUUGUAGUGUGUGUGUGUGUGUGUGUGCGUGUGCGUGUGCGUGUGUG